AUGUCUACUAUUCCAGGUAUCCUUGCUCAAUCUGGAUCGUCGGUGACAGGAGUAGAUCCUGCCACAGCCAAAUUGGGUGAAAAUGCAGAGAUCCCGUAUACAUUAACACCUGCAGAAGAUGUGAUAUUUUUCGAACCCGAGGUAACAAUACAACAAUCUCAAAAACGUGAACAUUGUCCAGGCUCGGACACGGGUCUUGUUGUUGGAAUGACUUUUCUGGGUAUAGUCAUCGGAAUUGUAUUGUCGUCAGUUGUGUUUGCUAAUAUCUUGAAAACUUCAUCUUCAAAGUCGUCAGAAGAAGCGCAAACUGGGAAACAAGUGGAGACCUACAUGACAUAUACUAGUGAACAGAAGACGGAGAGCCAGACCUACCAAGAUUUGAGUACCAAUGAAGACCCAGUUGUUUAUAUGAAUGUAAAAACUAAAAGAUAGAAUAUGUGAAGAUUGAAACUGUCUCUUCAGCAAUAGAAAAGAAUACCUAAGCAAAUUGUUAAAACGCCAUGAUUCAGAAAAUUGUGUUAAUUUUUCAGAAUUUGGACUGAAUUUGUUUAGAUAGAUCAUUAUUAAUUGAUGAGCGUAGGAUACGUUCUACUUUUUUGGGGGAAUCCUUAGAAGAAAAUCCAAUUUAUCCCCUCUUUGCACCUCAACGUGAUUCUUUGGAUACACCGCUACAGUGGACCUAAUAACUAUUACAAGGAAGUAUACAUUUAAUAAUUCUGCUUCUAGCUGCCACCUUUAUAUUCUUGUGGGUUUUUUUACCUCCUUGGUUUAAUAAAGACCACAAUAGUAAUUGCUUCCGAUAACUGCAUUACAGUUUAAAACGAAACAUCCGUCGCUCUUGUAUUUUGUAUGGGUCGGCAUAAUUUACAAAGUUGACUAUGUCGAAAGUGCGAAACAUACAUUAUUUCUUCUUUGAAAUAAUAACGCGAAUACAUUAUAAUGCUGCCUCGUUAGGCUAUAUACUUCUACGAUGUAACCUCUCUCGGGGCAGGUAUCAUUCUCCUUCUCUUAAAUUUCACUAAAAUGUUGCAAGUUUGUAUAAGUCAUAGGCCGAAGUGUAUCUGUAUCCUAUGUCAACGCCACUAUUUAGUAAUUAGGCCUACUUAAUUGAUGUGAGAGUGUUCCUCAAGCCGGUUUUCCACCAGGCGAAUUUAUUCGCGCGAAUCAGAGGUCAGUUCGCUUACUGAGCUCUGAUUGGUUGCGCAUGUUUCGCUUCGCAAACACUCGAUAUAAAUGAAUAAAUUCGCCUAGUGGAAAAGAAAAACCAGCUUAAAAAAAACCAGCUUAUCGCUCACUUUCCCAAGCUAAACGAAAUCUAAUUUACUGUCAUCGUUACAAAAUGUACGGUAAAUUCCAGUUCGAGAGUCCAUGCUAUCUUCUGGAAUUCAAGGCUAGGCCAACAAACCAGGUUUCUAUGCUUGACUUAAUUUGAUGCGGUAGGGUUUUUCUUGGUUUUCUCCACUUUACUUUCGAGGUGAUCACAACUGACAGUAUCCUAGUUAGCCUAGUAGGUAGUCUAUUGUUCUACAGGCACCUAAUUACCAUAACACUGCCCAGGUAUGCUGAUCAACAAUGGACAAUUCCAUUUGAACUUGGACAAGUAUAUUUUUAUUGUAUCAAGUGGAAACAAAUAGGCCUAUAUUGUAUUACCGUAUAUGUAAAUUAGAUUUUGGGCCAUUUUAAAGAUCCCUCCAAUUAAAUACCCCGUCCAAUUAAAGAUCGCUUUCCUGUGUUACCUUACCGCAUCUCUUAUUCAGACUAGAGUUGCUAAAGAACAUGAAAACCCAGGUCCAAGAAGUGGCCUUUAGUUGGAGGGAGACAGGUCAGUGGUGGAGCCAGGAUCCUGGACCGAUAUGUCCCCGACGAAAGAAAAUGUAGGUGUGGUCGGGCGUCGCUCAAAAUCUCCUGCGAAAAAAAUAUGACAAUUUAGGGGUUUCAAAGGAUUAUUUAAUCGAUAUUUAAUCGAGUCAACUAAUAUGUAGAAAAUACGUAUACAUUUUUUUUUCUCCCCGACGAAUUGUGGUUCUUCUCUCCGACGCGGGAGCGGCAGUACUCCCAUACAGAGGGGGGGGG